AUGGCCAAGCCAAUCCACGCCCACCUUGAUUAUGAAGCUUUACCGCAUGCGAGCGAGUACCUGCGUAUUCUCAGCCUGCACGCUGGCAACGCAUGGGAGCCUAUUCGAUGUAGCCUGCGUCCAGUCAGCUUCUACGAGAAGCCGCAUUAUGACGCUCUGUCAUAUACCUGGGGCGACCCCAACGCCACGAAGCUGAUCGAGGUCGACGGCGUCGCGGUCCAAGUUACCUCCAAUCUCGAGCAGGCGCUCCGGCACAUGCGCGACCCGGACAACGAAUUUCCGCUGUGGGUAGACGCUGUGUGCAUCAAUCAGUUGGAUACGACGGAGAGGUCGCACCAAGUGGCCCUCAUGGGCAAGAUAUAUUCCGGAUGCGCCCAAGUACGUAUCUGGCUAGGCUGCGAUGCUUCGCAAUGCCGCCUUGGCCAUGGAGCAAAUGAGGACUUGAAAGGAGCGGAUCCGUUCGGAAUCAUACGGUUGCUGGCAAUUGGUCGCCAUGUCUCUGAAUGGUCCUGCUUCCCACCCGAUAGUCCCCAUCGGGUUGUCUACACGCCCGACGCAGACUUCAACAUGAUGUGCGAAGGCUUUCUCGCUAUCUACCGAAGUCCUUGGUGGACACGCGUAUGGACCGUACAAGAAGCCAUCCUACCAAAGACCGGUACCUUGUACUUUGACACAUGGACGGCAUCGCUUCAGAUGAUCACCGAAUGCGGGUUGUACUACGACCAACAUGCCUGGAAGUCAUGUUGCAACUAUGCCGUUUCGCAAAUGCCUCUUACAAUGGCUAUUGCUCUAAAAGACUUUUGCACCAUAACCCGGAACCUUUAUUACGAUCGAAAACGCGAUGAGGGAGGCGAUCUCAAGCAAUACGACCUACAGACACAACACGUAGUGUAUGGGUUUCGGACGUGUCAAGAUCCGCGCGACAAAGUCUACGGCCUGCUAGGGGUCGUUGAUGACCGGUUCUUCACCCCUGAUUACGCCUUGUCCAAAGAGGAAGUUUUCUUCCAGGCUACUUACAAAAUGCUUCGACGCGAACGGGGGUUCCUAAAGAGUCUCACGGGCCCUCAAUAUGGCCCAGCGCCGUACAAACUGGCGUCCUGGGUGCGGGACUUUGAUGCGCCUUACGAUCGCAUGGACGUCGAUGUGGUUUUCGAUAGGUACAAGCUCUUUGACAAUGGCGUCUUCAAUGCUUCCGAUGAUCACAGGUCGAGCGCUGUGUUGCUAAAAGCUUCCCCGCGAUCGUCGGGUGAGGUGGUAGGACGAGUGGGGCUCGGCGUCACAGGCAGUCGUGUAGGCAAAGUUACCUUUGUGUCCGAAGAUGUACAGACCAUAAUAUCCUUGACAGAUCAGGCUGCCCGCAGACAUAAAGAUGUCUUCAAGAGAUGGAUGUUAUCCGCGCUCAACUGCAGUGUUUUUGAAACCUUAGCUUAUAUUAGUCUGCAGACCAAUCUCUCUAGAGAGCCGAAUACCGUCAUGGCAUUUUGGCGAACACUGCUCGGAGGAUUGGACAUUCCAGUCGGUACAGAAAGCCACGCGUGGGAUCUCAAAUUCAGUCCUGCAACGAUGCGUUGGCUCGAACACUUCCUUGUAUGGGUUGAAGGAGAGGAGUGUACGAUUGAUGCCACACUAUGCCAUAUGAUCUCCGUCAUAACACAUGGUCGUCGCUAUUUCAAGACAGGUAACAACGGCCAGGGCCUCUGCUAUCCGCACGUUCGUGUUGAAGACGAGGUAUGGGUUCUAGACGGUGGAAACGUGCCGUUCAUCCUGCGGCCCGCGCGUUUGAACAAAGAAGAAAGAGAGGCACUCAAGCCUGUAGACGCGAGCGACGUUGGGGGUGAUGAAAGCGAUGGAUCUAGUGGAAGUCACCAGUCCGAGAAACCCAUUGAAGGAUACUACCAAUUUAUUGGCGACUGUUAUUUUGAUGGGUAUAUGCACGGAGAAGCGAUUCGAGACAGCACGAUGCGUGAACAGUCUAUCGUGUUGGUAUGA